CGUCGCCUUUUAUUCCGGGAGACGGAAGGAGGGAGCGAGGAGAGACCGGCACCGGGAUCAGAUCGGGAUCAGGCUCAGUACCGGGACCGACACCGGGAUCGGAUCGGAAUCAGGACCCGGAUCAACACCGGGACCGGGACCGGGACCGGGUGGAGGUGCCCGAUAGGGAGGCCGAGUCCCAGCGGUGGGGACAGAGCGACCGAGCUCCCACCGACCUUGAGUCUUGGAGUCAGGAUUUGAACUGCUGCCCCAUUCAACAGUCCCUCUCCCUCCCCGGAAUCUCAGACCCCUCCCCUCCCCUUCGCUGGGCGAUGGAGGGUGAGGGGGUGCUGGCUGACCCAGACUCUGCCCCUCCCUGUCAGACCUCCACCCCCCAGGAGCCAUUUGGGGGGAUGGUCUCACGGCUGGGGGGCUUCGAGACGCUGAUGGGGGGCUUCGGCCGACACCAGCGACUGGUCUGUGUCCUCAGCUGGCUCCCCCUGCCCCCCCUGGCCUUUGCCCUCCUUUCGGGGUCAUUCCUUACCCUGGUGCCGGCCCACCACUGCCGGAGGGGGGGCGAGGCCGAGGGCGAGGGUGCGGGAGCGGGAUCCUGCCAACUCAAUAGCAGCGACCGUCGGCCUUGUCCGUAUGGCUGGACCUACCAGCCCUCAGAGGGUCUGAACACCAACAUCAUCACCCAGUGGGACCUGGUGUGUGAUUCCUCCUGGAAGUCGUCGUUGGAGGAGAUCUGCUUUGUGCUGGGCUGCCUGGCAGGCUUUCUGCUACUGGGGUACUUGGCGGAUCGGUUGGGACGAAGAAUCUCCUGCCUGCUGUCCUUGAGCCUCUCCAUCCUCUUUGCGAUCCUGGUGUCUGUCGCCCCCAGCCUCCCUGUCUUUACCCUGGCUCGGUUCUUCCAGGGAUCUGCAGUUGCCGGCCUCCUACUCUCCCUCUACCUCAUCCGGUUGGAGGUCUGCGACCCCCCUCACCGGCUGCCAGUCUCCAUGGUAUCUGGUCUGUUCCUGGUGGGGGGGGAGUUCCUGCUCCUGGGCCUGGCUGUGGUCUGCCGGGACUGGAGGCUCUUCCAAGGGGUCAUCACUGCCCCCCUUGGCCUCUUCUUGGUCUUCUGCUGUCCACAGGUCCUGCCGGAGUCCCUGCGCUGGCUCCUUUCGACGGGACGCGUGCCGGAGGCCAGGGCCGCACUGGGAUGGAUCCUGGAGCGGAACAGGCAGAGGGAGGAUCGGGAGCCUCUGGAGCUGGAGUCCUCUUUCACCGACCUGGAUUCCUCCUACCCCGGGAAUCACGAGUCAGAGCGGGAGAUCCUCUGCAAGCUCCUGAAAUGCAGGAACAUUUGGAAAAAUAUCCUAAUCCUGGGCUUCACUGCGUUUAUCGGACACGGGAUCCAGCAUUGCUACGGAACUUUCCGAAACAGCGUCCUGGGCACCAGGCCGAGUUUCUCUGUGAUGUAUCUGUUGUCAGCGGGGACCGGGGGCCUGGCUUGCCUCUUCCUGUGCGCUACCGUUGACCGGUGUGGGCGCAGGGGCAUCUUGCUGCUGAGUAUGACACUGACUGGCCUCGCCUCCCUCAUCCUCCUCGGGCUCUCUGAAUACCUGAACGAUGUGACCAUCCUGAUAUUCUGCUCGUUGGGUUUAUUCUCCUCCCGCGCUGUGGGGACCCUCAGCAUCUUCUUCUCCUCCGAGGUCAUUCCUACUGUCAUCAGGGGCCUGGGCCUGGGCGUGGUCCUGGGCAUGUCGUGGCUGCCCAGGCUGAGCCGGUUGCUGUUGGAGUUGCAGGGCAGCCGGGCUUACUUCCUGCACCACGUGCUGCUGGCCUCGCUGGCCCUGCUCGGCUGCCUGUGCAUUCUGCUGCUGCCCGAGACCAAACGGAAGCCGCUGCCAGACAGCCUGCAGCAGGGCGAGCUCUGCCGGCGGCCCUCCUUCCUCGAGCGGCCUCGCGACAACGUCCCUCUGCUGGCUGCCCCCAACCCCAGCAUCUGACCCCGACUCCCCACUGCUCCACAGCUCCUGACCCCUGCGUCCAAGCCUCGCCCUCCCUGUAGCAGGUGGAAGACCAGGACACUACGGAACAUCCUUUUUCUCUCUUGACCAUACCCAUGUUUAACAAUCAUGUUACUCAUGUCACAGUUACAAAUAUAUAUAUAUUUAAAACUAAAAGUUGUGUGUGCAUCGAGUUGUGAGGGACAGGCAGCGGUGGGGAAGUGGGAGAGGGAGAGCGCAGGGGAAGUGACAAGGCACUUGUCAGCACAACCACAGCACACUGCUGAGAAAUCGAUGUUCUGGAGCCUUGGGAUCCGAGGCAACUCCACAGCUCGAUAGGAUCGGGCUGGAGAGCCAGUUGUCUGCUCCAUGGCCCACAACAGGUUUCUGCUGGGAGCCUUGUACUCCUUUUCAGGCUGCGGGGGGGCCACACAAGGAGAGCUUGGACAAAACCGGCUGAUUUUCUCAGGAGAGGCAGAGGCUGGGAGGGAGAUCUGAGAGAGGAUCAGGAGAGCUCCCAGUGCAAGUGGUGCACGCGAGCUCGAUUUCACUGCUCGGUGGAAGUUUAGGCAGGUAGCUGGCCGAGUCCCAGAGGCAGGUGUGGGCAGUUUAACUGGAUCAGUAUGUACAAAGGCUUGUUUCUGUGCUGUACUGUUCUAUGACUCGAUACUAGAGACACAGAUACAAUAGACAGGGACUGUCUUUCUCCCCAGGGUGGAAAAGUAUUAGGACCUGAGGGCCAGCUUUUAAGGUGAGAAAGGUUUGAAGAAUACAACUGGAUUUAUUUUAU